GUCUGACCCCUCAUACUUGGCAAAAGGAUACCCGUGAUCACAUUCCGAGUCGUCUCGAUGCUUCUGGCAAGACGACGAUGUUGGAUUGAAACGAGAAUUCCCGUGAUGUGAGAGAAAGUUCGGAGAACAGGGCGGCUAUGGUCAUGGCUGGGGAGAAGGUCACCAGCAUUGGCAAAAUGUCCACAAAGGUUGCAAUUCCUAUAAAGUGUCGCGUCCACGGACCUGGCACGAGGUAAUCCUUCCAGAAAGAAUCCAAACACUUGAAUCUGAAAGAAAUCAACAACCUCAUCUACAGUCGCAAAGACCUAGAAAACCAAAAGCCACCUUGAAUCACUCUUCUUUAAAAUCACCACCCACCUUUAACCAUCACCAUGUCGUACAUGUUCUACCCCCAGAUCGAACCAUACCCAACGACAUACGUGUCGCACACAUACCCAGAGAAGGGCCACCACCUUCACCACCUUCCUCUGCCAUACCUGGCGCACAAGGCGCACAAGGCCGUUCACGACAAAGAUCUCGAUGUCCACCAGUCACAUGCCGAUGUGCGGGAGACGAUGAAGAACUUCUACAUUGAAGUCGAGAUGCCCGGUGUGAGCGACAAGGCACAGAUGCACAUCCGAUGGACAACGACAAGAACACUCCUGCUGUCGACCAAGUUCACCCGACCUGAGAUCCCCGAGGACGAACUCUUCGAAGUGCCAGUGAUCAAGUCGCGACCAGGCACACCCAAACCCAAUCACCUCGAGGUCGCCGCUCAAGAAGUCGUUCACCACGGCAGCGACGCCGGUAGCACCAAACUGGUCAAGAAGGAGCCUCAUCUCACCACCCACGAGCGCCAGAUCGGAGAAAUGCUGCGCGCAUUCAACUUCCCUGUCGACGUCGACCGUGACAACACCCACGCCAGACUUGAGGCUGGCUUGUUGCGCAUCGUCGUCCCCAAGGUUCAGCACGAGGAUGUCGAACACCCUCCUGUCACUGUCAAGGUCGCAAAUGCCGGUAUGCCCGAUGGUUUCUCUGAAUAAGCGGAAUUGUUUCUCAUUUAUGAUACCAGGGAAUACGAGCGAAUGAUUUCGUCAAAUUGUGACGAUUUGCAGCGACAACUUCCAUUAGUGUGAUAAUUUGGAAAAAUCUGUCAAGCGGGGCAUCCUUUGUUAUGAAUUCAUAUGGUUGCAGAUAUGGAUAUGGGAAUGCGAUGGCUGAUGCGAUACCUGAGCCUUAUUGCUCCUCACUCGAUACUAAUAAUGAUAUGCAUAU